UUCUCUCUCUCUCUCAAUCGUCUGUUUAUUGGUUGUUUCAAGCACUGCGGCUACACAAUUUAAAUACAUAAUCUUCACAACAACCCUAUGAGCCUUGUUAUCUCCACUCCACAAAUUAAGAAAUGAGGCUAAAGAUAAUAAAGUAAUUUGCCUAAGGUCAAAGAGCUAAAUGCAGGAUAAGGUUUGGAACUGUCUAUGUGGUUCCAAAGAACCCAACACACUGAACCAAUUUGCUAGGCUGGCUUGUCAUGGGUUAUUCUUCCACAUGACAAACAAAUAGAGAAUUCAUUCCAGCCAACACACACUGAUUGCACAAACAUAAAAACAGAUCUUAUAAAAAUAUAUAUUUGAUGGGCUUCCAGGUAAAGACUUUUGUACAGCCUAUCAUGAUUUACUCUGGCCUCAAAAACUUGCUUUAAAAGCCCAGAAAAAAAAAGGUGUGAUGUUAAAAGUCUUUGGGUCAGUUGGGUAAGAGGACAUCAUCAGAGUGGCAAAUCCUAAUGAAAUGGAAGCUCCAUGGCCAAUAGAAAUGGACCCUUGUUAGAUUGUGGCUUAUUGUAGCAAUUCAAAUAUAUUCACUUUUCAAAUCAUGUCUUUUCCAGGUAUUAUGACCACACAGGGGAAAGCCAGGUUAGCCCCCAUCUUAGAGGAUGGUCCUUUUCUGGAUCACCAGGUUAUAAAUUUGUCCUACGACAUAGGUUAGCGUAUACUCUUGGCCCUUCAAAGGAUGUGGUAUUUUGGUGUUGACCUUCAAGACGUUCCAUAUUAUGUAGUUGUUUUAAUUUUGCAGAGGUACAAGUUCAAGGGAUAUCUGAGAUGAGAUAUUUAGCUAGUGAGGAGGCAAGGGGGUUAGCAAACCCCGUAAAGCUCUUCAGGUGAUGAAACGUUGUUAAAAGUAUAGAUAGCAAUUUGGUAAGAGACAACAACUUAAUGAAAUUUGAAAAGACCAUUAUCUUGUGGGAUGGGGAUAUUUAUAGGAAGGGUGACUCAGGGGGCAGGGACUGCUGGGAAAAGCCAGGAACCUGUAGAAUCAUUAGGAUCCAGUCAUUUGGAGCUUCCUCCAGGUCUGGGAAGACAUUCUUUCCCAGUUCCCAAGGGCCAUUGCACUCUGAUUUGGAAAAAAAUAAUUUAGGAUGAGUAUAAAAAUGAUAAAACUUGCUCAUCAAAGUGACAUUUUAGACAUAUCUAAAUAUUACCACAUACCAUAUUAUACUGUCAUAGUUUCCCACCAUUUUUUGUUCCUUGGAAUAAGGCAACUUAUAAAUACUCUACAUUAUGUUUUUUUUGUUUAUUUGUUUGUCUUGUUUUGAGACAGGGUCUCGCUGUCACCCAGGCUGGAAUGCAGUAGUGCAAUCAUGGCUCACUGCAGCCUUGACCUCCUGGGCCCAAGUGAUCCUCCCACCUCAGCCUUCCAAGUAGCUGGGACUACAGGCAUGCAACACCAUGCCCAGCUAAUUUUUAAAAUUUUGUUGUAGAGACAGGAUAUUGCUAUACUGCCCAGGCUUGUUUCCAACUCCUGGCCUCAAGUGAUCCUCCCCCCUCAGCCUCCCAAGGCAUAAGUUACUGGUGUGAGCCGCUGCGCUGGCCUAUAUUAUAUGUUUUUGCUGCUUCUAUUGGGGAAGAAUUUGGUGUUUUAUCUGAGAGAGAUGACAGGAACCUUGGCCAGAUGCCACCCCCAGAAACUCAGUGUCCUUCUGUUGGUAGCUGCUUGCCUCUUUGCUGCCCCUAUCAGAGCAGAGUUGCUCAUUUGCUUCUCUGAGCACAUCUUGUAUGGAGUCUCGGGCCCCAGACAGCAGGGCUGCAAAUGACACACUCAGCUGCAAGGCGGCAGUGAUCUGUGGAUGAGGUUCAAAUCCAGAGAAAAAAACGGGAGCCUCGAACUGCAUCUGAAAACCAGCGAGAAAGAAGCAAAUUCCUGUGAAAUGGCACAGCCAUCACUUCAGCGUUGACUCAUUCUGCUCAAACCUGUCACCGCUCACACGGGAGUGGUCGUUGGAAUAAGGGACUUCUCAGGUGAAUGACAAAGAAACACAGAUUUGGAUUUGUCCAGGUGUCUGGAGAGGAGGCUGCCCCUGGAUGCCACGCCCCACUGUGCAGAAAGGGGGUGCCCGGGGCAUUGUCACCGCAGUGAGUCUGCACCUACCAUCCUCUGGCCCCUUUCUGCCACCUCUGCAGCGUCUCCAAUUAAAUUUAAAAAAAGUAAAACUGGGGACAAGAAUCAUCUGCCUGCCUGUGUUUGGCCCUCCUUCCAAGUUUUUGUCUUCUGUUUGAAAUCAAACUUAUGCUUUCUUCCAAAAUGAAUGACAGAGAGAGAAAAAAGAAAAAGCCACCCAGGCUUGAAAAGUGGUAGCUUCUUGCCGCCGACUUCCUGCCGGUGCCAAGUCAGAGGGAGCUCUGCGUGUCCUCAGUUCACCCUCGCCAGGCCACACCGCAUGCAAAUAAGAAGCUGUUUCAGUGUCUGCCCAUCUGAGACGCUGACAUAAAAAAGGAAGAAAGAAAGGAAAAAAACCACCGUCACCACCAACAAAAAAACCCAAAACUGAUUAAUUCUCGUAGAUUGCAGCAGAGCAGGGGGCCUGGUGGUGACACAUCCUGUUUUGCUGUUCAAGUUGUCAUCCCCCAAGCCAAUAAGCUCCCUCAUGAACGGCACCAGUUAUGAGGGGUGACAAAGAAUUCAAAACACUCACAGGACAAUUUUCCUAACCCUUGGUCUCUCAGAAUGCUAUUUUUUAGGCUAAUUUGUUUUGAUGAGAAAACUAUGCCUGCUAGGCCUAUUUUUAAGCCAGAUUUGAAGUCAACGCAGUUGGUAUUUGAUCUUGCAAGAACGACAGAGGUGUCAGCAGCAGCUCUGCCAUUUAAGAGCUGUAGCCUGGUGGGACACCGUCCUGCAACCAGGGCCCUAGCGCAAGAAGUAUCUCUGUUGUUAUUUGCUUCUCUUCUUUGAGAUCCAUACUUGAUUUGAAAAAUCACCACUUGAGCAGCACCUGGUGAUUACGUAACCAUUCAACUCUGGUUUUAUCCUUGGGCUAGGUAAGAAAUUGAAAAUCCAGCCUGAAAUAAUUAGUUUAGCUGCAGACAGGGUGUAUUAAACAGACUCAAUUUAAUAGAGCUAGAACCAUAAGAUGAAUGUAUUUAUCUUCAAUCAAAGAUGACAUGUUAGACAGAUUCCUUCAUUCAUCACUUUUCUGUUACGUUUAGCCCUAAGGAAAGUCUUUUUUAGAUAUGUAAGAUGCACCUUCAGGGUUAAAGCAUCUAGUCCAGUCUGAAUAAAACAUCAAAAGCACCUACAAUCCCAAGCUCCUUCAAGGACUUUGCAGGCAGUCUUCAGGUGAGAUUGGUAAGACUAUUAAUCGGAGUAAUGAAAUAAAGUAUUAUCACAUCUAUUUAUUUUUCUCAUUUUCUUUUAACUUCUCUUUUGUGUAUGUUCUAAAAUACACAUAAUUUUCAGUUCAUAGGGCAUUUUCCCCUUGUAAGUAAAUAUGAAUAUAUUUCAGAGUGAGCUCAAAGUUUUACGUUAGAUUUAGGUAGGCAUUUUUUUUUUUUUUUUUUUUAAGAUGGAGUUUCACUCUGUCACCCAGGCUGGAGUGUGGUGGCUCGAUCUCGGCUCACUGCAACCUCCGCCUCCUGGGUUCAAGCGAUUCUCCUGCCUCAGCCUCCUGAGUAGCUGGGAUUACAGGCACCUGCCACCACACCCGGCUUAUUUUUGAAUUUUUAGUAGAGCUAGGGUUUCACCAUGUUGGCCAGGCUGGUGUAGAGCCCCUGACCUCAGGUGAUCCACCCACCUCGGCUUCCCAAAGUGCUGGGAUUACAGGCGUGAGCCGACAAGGUAGGCAAAAGUUGAAAACGAAAAAACAAAAAAACAAAAAAAAAUUUGGAAUAGUCUGUAACAGAGGAGGGCUUGAAGAGAAGUGAGGUGAUUUGCAGAAGCAUCAGCCAGGAGGCAUUCCUCCAGGAGAAAAAUUUUUACUUAAAGGAGAGAGCUUAGUGAUGGAGAAGGAAAAGAUCUCGACAGACAUUCAAGAUUAGAAUCAUAAGUUGGCCAUUGAUUGGGUGUGGCUCUGGGAAGUGGAGGUGCUGUGGGCAGGGGCUGGCUUGGGCAAUGAGAAAAUGGUGUUGCUUAUGUGCCCACUCUGUGCUGGAACUCAGCUGUGAGUGCCUCCAAAUUCACCACAUUUAUCAAACCUCAGUGCUCUGAGACAGCAUAUGAUGGCCUAGCAGGAUGUCCAUUCUUUUCCUGGAACCACCCAUUCAGUUAUCUCCUUGAGUCGCUUGGGCGGUGAAAAGUGGUCUCAUGCACAAUUGAUGCAGUGUGAUCCCCUUGCUAUGUCACGCAUGGCGUCUGCCCUCUUCCCUGGCACCUCUGCCACUCCAGGUUAUGCCUGUGCUGCUGCCCAUUCUACACCCACCUGGAAAGCCUGAAACCUUCUCGUGCCUUCUACUGCAGCUGGGGAGCUUCUUCCACGUCUCAUAGCCAGCUUCUCCAGAGGGAACUCCCAGAGCUGACUGUACUUUCCUACCUCAGCCUCUUCUUCCUGGGAUGGUGUCAAAAUAUGAACAGUCACAGCUUCAUGCUUUCAGGAAACCACCUUCUCUUCCAUCUUCUCCUUUGGCCUGCUCAGACAGCCAGACUUCUUAAAAAUAUUUUUCCUACAGGCUCAUGCAAAUUAAGGGAUGUGGCUGAGCAUCUCCUUCAGUGCCCUCAAACAGGUCAUGAAUGUUGCAAAGCCCAGAAUCGUGCUAACCUGGUAGAAGGCUGGUUUAGCCAGAACACACAGAGAGGACCUUCUCAUGAUGGUGUGGCUGAAUUCCACAUGUCACUAACAGUAUCUUGCCCUGACCCGACUCCAAGUACUGAUCCCCAAGGAAGGCAUAAUAGAGAGCCCAUCUUGGGGAGGGAUGAUGACUUCAUGUGCAAACAAGUCAAAUUCAGGAUGUGUGUUGUGGGCAGAGAUGGCAAUGCCCAGUCAUCUGUUAGGUAUACAAGUCCGCUGUACAGGAGAAAAAUCAGAACAGAAUUUCUAUUUGUAGUGUUUCUUUUAGAGACUGGGGAAUCGAAACCACAGGUGAAUAAGAAUGUACAAGGAACCAGGCCUUCUUGAAGAAAUAGCUGAUCCAGAUUGGUGUCAGGAGCUGUACAAGGGGAUCCAAGAAUGUCUUGUCAUACAAGCCGGACAGCUAUUAAAGACAACUGAGGUCAUGGCAAAAGGGCCCAGGCUUCUACUGGCCAACAAUGUGACAAUUUGAGCAUCCCAAAGAAUAAUGACUUUAGUGGACUGAAACAUAUCAACAUGUAUACAUCCAUGAAUUCAUAAUACUCAAAACGGUAAAACCAAACUCAUUUGUUACCUUUGGAGGAGUCUGUCACCUCUGAUUUUUCUGAAAACUGGUAAAUAAAAGGGGAAAGUUCAAGCAUUUAUUCUGCUUUUCUUGUAUAAACUGUACCUCACAGUUAUGGAAGAGCUGAUAAGGGAAAUGUCUUCUUUAUUGAAAAAUUCAGCUGAUACAUUUGGAAGGAAUGAGAGAGAAUUAGAGUACCACCAUUAGGUGACAAUGAGGGUCCGGUUUUUUAUUUUUCUUUUGCUGAGUGCUGGGAACAUAGUGAUAACAAAAAAAAGCCAUGGUGUUCUGGCCCUUGUGGAGUUUUGAUUCUAGCACAUUAAUCAAAUAAUCCCAGAGCAAAAAUAAAAUGUCAACUAUGGUAAGUGUAGAGAAGGGAAAAUACACAGAACUUUUAACAGCUUAGAUCCGAGGAAGGUGACCAGCCUGCAAAAAGGGACAGCUUCCCUAGGGAAGUGACUUUGCAGCUGUGACGAUGGAUGACUAAGAGUUAACCAAGGAAUGGGAGGAGGGAGGAGGAGACAGAGAAGGCUUUCCAAGCAGAAGCCAGAGCAUGUGCAAAGAUCCUGUGGCAAGAAGGAGCCUGGUGCAGGGGAGGAACGAAGAGACAUGCAAGCUGGCUGGAGUGCAGAGAGGGAGACGGGCAGGCAGGUGGUUGGAUGGGGAGGCAAGGAUCAGAUCAUGAGUCCCUUGGAGAAGCAGGAAGGCAUCAUGAUGACUAAUGUCAGAGGCAGGGGAGGACAGGUAGGGAUAGACAGGGAAGCAGUGCUGGGAAGAUGUUAAAAUGCUGCAGUUUGUGCUUGGAAAGAUCAUGGCCUGGUUCUUCCAUUGUCAUGAUGGGUUGUUCUCUUUCUUAUUGCUUUUCUAAUUUGUCUUGACUAAUGGAGAAGAUCAGGAGCUCAAAAGAUAGAGGUUGUUUACAGCACUCAGUUUGGCUGCUAUAGGUUAAUGGGCUUAGACUCUUUAAGGGGAUUAGGCUUUUGCUCAGAGACCAGUGGAGUAUUCUAGCCAGGCUGUCUUGUGAAGGUGGUAUGUUAAGAACUAGGUUUGUCUGAUUUAUCAAAUUAAAAUGUGGUACAUCAAAUUAAAUUUGAAUUUCAGAUAAAUAACAACUAAUUUCAGAUGUGUCAGAUAAAGAAUGAAUAUGGCUCUCGUACAAUAUGGGAUAAUGAAUAUUUUCAGAUAAAUAGAUGCCCUGUAUUCUGUGUAGCAAGCAUAACUAGAAAAUCAAUGUUAGUGCUCAAACUAAGAAGACUUUUGAGAAAUUAUCAGAGGUAAAUACAAAUAUACAUUUCCAUCCAUCCAUCCAUCCAUCCAUCCAUCCAUCCAUCCAUCCAUCCAUCCAUCCCUGUUGAGCUCCAACUAUGUGUCAGACACUUCUGGGGGGUUGAGGGUAUUGUGAUCAGUAAGACAAACUCUCUGCCUUUAUAGUGUUUACAUUCUAGGAGAAAAAUAUUCAUCUUAGAGAGAUUAUAAAAAACAAAUCUUCUGAAAUAGUAUCUGUUACGUCCAAAAUAGAGGAAUGUAUAAAUAAAUGUUAAUAUGAUGGACUAACACGCAACCAUUACAAAAAUCCUGUUUUGAAGGCUAUUAAGUGUCAUGGUGAAUUGAUUCCAAUAUAAAACCAAAUGAAAUAAAAGCAGUUCACAAAACCACGCAUGAGGUAUGUAAAUUUUGUAAACCAAAAUUACAAGGUGACCUCAGUAUCUAGAAAAAUACACCAAUGGUGGCUGUAUCUGAGUGCUGCUGGAAUUAUUACUAACAUUUUAUUAUUUACAUUUAUAUUUUCUUUUUCACAGUUUCUACAAAGAAUUAUGGAUGAUUUUUAUAUUUAGAAAACCUUUUUUUAUUUGUAGACAUCUAUUACCUGUGGGCCCCACAGCAGCAUGGAAAAGAUUAAAGAUUUGUGUCAGCUUUGACGCUGCCGUUAAUUAUCAGGACAACCUACAGCAAGUCAUGCCAUUUAUCUGGGCCUCACUUUCUUUGGAUUUAAUUAUGGACUAAGCUGUGAUUUUCUGUGUAAUUAAGAACCAAACUAAAGUUUAAAAAAUAUGCCUUUGUUUUAUGGAAGAGUCCAGAGACACCAUCAUUAUAUUGUGUGUCUUUAUAAAACCCAUAUACCUUAUUCUUUUGUUUUAUCUAGCUAUUAUAUUGUCUAUAACUUACUUUUAAAUAUUCUAGUAUAGACAGGUGUGUGUGUGUGUGUGUGUGUGUGUGUGUGCGUGUGUGUGUAUUCUUAAUCCUCUAUAAGGUUGUAGCUAAAAUUUAAAAUACUUUAACUGGACACACAUCUUUUAGGAGUGGUUGGUAGUGUUUGAAGGACUACUAUAAGGCCUUAAUGAUCUUUAUCUCUAGAGAGUUCUAGAAGGUUCCCUAAUUAGCCUAAUAAAUAAAAGAAGUUAUUUUGCACUGGAAAAUUAAGGAGUGUUGGAGAUAUGUGAUUUGGCUAGUGCUAUUUAAAGACACCCCUGUCCUUGCAUAAAUAGGGUUUAGGAAUCUAGUAAUCCUGGAUUACAAACUUUGUUUGGAGUGAUGCCUAAACCAGGUAUGCCAAUCUGUCUUGUGUCCACAUACUAACAGAGGGUUCUAGCAACUUAAUCCCAUUAGCAUGUUAGCUGAAGACUACUGCUAGAAUGCUAUUAUGUUUGUUUAGAGUUAAUAUUUCAUGGAAAUGUCUGAACCCUGGUACUGUAUUAAACUCAUAGAAAUGGCUUUGUGCCUGUUUGCUAAUAAAUAUUUCUCUGUGUGGCAGAAUUUGGUUUGGCGUGUGCUGUCUAGCUGUCUAAAUCAUGUAUCUCUUAGUAUCGCAGUAAUGGGUGAAGAGAUAUAUAGUUCUUCUCACCUUUAAUUGUUGGAUGUGCAAAGAACCUGGUAAUUUUGAAUGACUGAAUGGAUUGAGAUCAGUUGGCGUAUUAACGAUAAACUUUAUUUUACAGAAAUCUUUUAUUUACUUGAGGUUUUAAAAUUAUUAUAAAACUAAUAACAUAUAAAGUAUCUCCCAAACUAACACAGAUUCCUACUACUUGGAUGUAUUAUGUCUCUAUUACCUGUCUUUUAUUUUUAGAAUACAGCUGUGUUCCACAACCUCUCAGUUUAGGCUUAUAGGUGCAAUAAUUCAUUAAAAAUGAAUGCUAGGUUUGAAAAGUGUCACCCGAAUGCUAAAUAUGCAACAGGCAGCCUAGUUCUGGCUCUCCGGAGAGAGUAAAGAGAGGUUUUGGCAAAAAGUCUUGGAAACAACCAGCUGAUCUUACUGCCUUCAUUUUGAUGAGAUAAUUUGUGUUUAUGCACAUAUUGAAUUACGCUUAAAUACAUGGAAAAUUUAAAAUGCCAAAGGAAGGGGAAAAAUGCUACAUAGCACACAUUUUAAGUGUUUUUUUUUUUUUUUUUUUUUUUUUUUCCUGCUAAACUCCAACCACUUGAAAGCUAGAAGAGUCACUGCUGGAAGAUCCAAUGCUGGAAUUGACAGUAGAUGCUCACAGUCAUCACGGGAGCUGAGCUCUAUAACUGUACCCAGCCCAGGGCCUGUGCAUACACUGGUUCCUACAAGGGUGGUGAUGCGAAGUGAAUGCUUGGGAACUGGGACUGGGAUGUAAAUUUCCCGUUUGCCAGGGGCCAGCUCUGGGACCUCAGGUGAAUGUGACACUUCUCUGGGUAGCCAAGUCAUCACCUACAGAAUGCAGGACAUGUCAAACGACUUCAUUUGAUGCACAAUAAGCAAAAAUCAGCAAACUCUCAGGGGACUUUGUAAAGACACAGGCAGUUUGAGGAGGUAAUGUGGCAGAGUGGGAAGAGUGAGAAUUUGGUAAUAACCAAAUGAACAAAGAAACAAAAUAAAGAAACAACAGAUAAUGUUUUCU